AUGGCUAAACUGUUCUGUCUCCUUGAAACAAAGGUCAAGGCACCAAAAAUGGGUGACUUGUACCUCAGUAUUUGUCCAGGGUGGAAUUUCACUACCAACCUUAGCUGUUCCUCUGUAGGUAGAAUAAUCCUGGCUUGGGAUCCUUCUACUUUUGAUGUAGACAUAGUGUCUAUGAGUAGCCAACACAUUCAUAGUGUGAUCAAACCAAAAAGCACUGGUGUCAGUUUUCAGAGCACCUUCAUCUAUGGGAUGAAUGGGAAAAAUGAGAGAUUGCCCCUCUGGAAUUCUCUCUCUCACAUUGCUGAUAACUGCAGUCAGCCAUGGGUUAUUAUGGGAGACUUUAAUGCUUUAAUGGAGAUUGAAGAUAGAAUUGGUCGCCCUGUUAGGCUUGGAGAUAUUCAGGCCAUGAGGAAUUGUAUGUUCCACUGCAACCUCACCACCAUUAAGACAGUUGGAAGAAAAUACACUUGGAACAAUAAGAAAGAAGGGGAGGCAAGAGUCUUUUCAAGAAUUGAUAGAGUUUUGGCCAAUGCUAGCUGGUUGGACCUUUUCCCUACUGCAGAAGCAAACUACCUCCCUGAAGGUGAGUUUGAUCAUAGCCCUAUGCUGCUUUGCUUUCACAAAAAUGAUAAAUUAAAGAGGCCUUUCAGAUUCUUUAAUAUGUGGGCUAAUGCUGAGAACUUUAUGGAAAUUGUACAAACCAACUGGGAGAAACCUGUGUUUGGAUGUACCAUGUACAGAAUUUUACAGAGACUCAAGUGGUUAAAGACAGACCUGAAACAAAUGAACAAGGAGGGUGUUAGUAAUGUUGAAGCUGAAAACACCAGACUCUACUCUAACUUACUACAAAUCCAAGCUAGAUUACAUGCCACCCCAAAUGAUGGAAGCUUGGCUGAUGCUGAAAAGUUAGCUGCAACAGAUUAUAAACAGGCUCACAAUGCCUAUAUUUCCUAUCCCCAUCAGACAGCCAAGAUUAAUUGGCUGGUUCAGGGGGAUGAGAACACUAGAUUUUUUCACCAGAGUAUCAAGCAGAGAAGAAGACACAAUACAAUUCACUCAAUUCAAAACAUGCAAGGUGACAGGGUUACAACAAUAGAAGGGGUGAAAGAUGCCUUCACUCGGUUCUAG